AUGUACCUAUUUCUACAAAAUCUCGAAAUUCCUAUCGUGGUUACAUCACUAGUAUCGAUCACAGACGACAUUCGGGGCUUCGAUCGAGCAUACUGGAUUGUGUCUGCGUAUCUUCUAGGUUACGUGGGUGUACUCAUUAUUUUCGCGAAACUGAGCGAUAUUUUCGGACGCAAAGCUGUCAUCCUACCCGUAUUCGCUAUUUUCAUCAUUUCCUCUGCAGCCUGCAGUGCGGCUCAAUCGAUUACACCAUUGAUUGUAUUUCGAGCGUUUCAAGGGGUGGGAGCUGCUGGCUAUGCUCUUUGUGCCAUUAUCUUUGUCGAAUUGGUACCGAAAGAGAAAUACGUCAAGUACACUGCGUCCCUUUCUUUCGUGUAUGCGCUUUCUCUGUCACUUGGUCCGAUAUUUGGUGGAGCUAUUAGUGGUAAUGGCUCCUGGCGAUGGGUAUUUCUCCUCAACAUCCCAGCAGGGGUUCCAGCCUUAGCACUCAUUGCCUUUUGUUUGCCAAAUGGCUUCCCGUAUCAUAGCCAGAGAGCACUUCGUGGAGAAGAGAAUGCUGAAUCGAAGCCCAAACAUGUUAUUCAACGAAUAGACUUUCCUGGCGCGAUUUUGCUUUUACUUGGCACCUUGAGCCUCACCACAGCUCUCCAAGAAACAGGUCGCACAUAUGCCUGGAAAUCAGCUUUCACAAUUUCUCUCCUGACGAUAUCUGGCGUUCUCUGGAUAUUGUUCUUGAUAUGGGAACGGAAAGUAACGAUGGACUCGGGCACAAUGCAGCCAGUGUUUCCUUGGAGAUUCAUGAAGAACAGACCUUGGCUGGGUUUACUUCUGAAUGGUAUCUCCUUAGGCGCUGUAUGGUUCGUUACUGUUCUCGAACUUCCCCAAAAGUUUGAGAUUGUGAACGGUUCUUCACCACUGCAGGCUGGGAUUCAUCUCAUGCCUUUCACAUUUGCAUCCCCUAUUGGCGGUGUGAUCGUCUCGAUCAUCGCGAAGGCAAAAGUGCCUCCAGUCUAUCUGCUUUUGAGUGGGUCAAUUUUGCAGCUAGUUGCAUACAUACUCCUAGGUACAUUGCCAAUAUCUACGAGGAUAAGUCGUGCCGAAUAUGGAUAUCAAGUUUUGGCUGGUAUGGGUGUUGGGGCAAAUAUCAGCUUGGGGACCCUCAUGACUCCAUUCUCUGUCGAAAAGCAGGAUACAGCUGUUGCUUUGGGGGCCCUUCCGCAGUUCCGAAUAAUUGGAGGAGCUAUUGGUGUCGCCAUUGCUACAUCGGUCAUGAACAGCCGUCUAAAUUCAUCGCUUGGCCACCUCUUUUCUCCAGCACAGAUAAAGGCAGUCUUGGACUCGCCACAAGCUCUUCGAAAUGCACCACCAGAGGUGCAAGAUUUUAUGACGACCACAUUAGCAAUUAGCCAUCGAUCAGUCAUGCGAAUUCUCUGUGGAUUCUCUGCAGGACAGGUACUAGCUUCGCUCAUUACGUGGAAGAAGCCACAAAUUAGAGUUUAA